AUGUCUUCCACCCGGGACCUCGAGAUCGUGCUGUUGGGCGCGACUGGAUAUACUGGCAGGCUUUGCGCUGAGCACAUUGUCAAAAGUCUCCCUACCAACCUUGCAUGGGGGAUUGCAGGUCGAUCACUGGGGAAGUUGGAGGCGUUGGCUACGAAGCUGCAGGAACACGAUAAGGAUCGCAAGGCUCCAGAACAACUUGUACUCCAGUUUAACGAAAAAGAACUGACUGCUCUGGCCUGCAAGACGAAAGUCCUGAUCAAUUGCGUCGGCCCAUACCGCAAAUAUUCUACGCCUGUGGUGAAGGCCUGUGCUGAAAAUGGUACCCAUUAUGUUGACGUGACGGGUGAGGCCCCGUGGGUCAAGGACAUGGUCAAUAAAUUCCAUGAAACCGCAAAAUCCACUGGCGCAAUUUUGAUAUCAGCGAAUGGGAUUGAAAGUGCUCCCGCCGACUUGUUGACCUACGUUAUGGCCAAAUCCAUCAAGGACCAAUUUGAUGUUGUUACUGACGAGACAACGAUGUCUCUUUAUCACAUAAAAGGAAAAUUCAGCGGCGGUACUCUUUCGACAAUUCUUGACUUCUUUAACAACCUUGAGUCAAGUUCAAGCGAUCCCUACUGCAUCUCACUCUCCAAGCCCGCUCAGCCAAGGUCUGUCUCUAUUUUCCGCCGAAUCUUUGGCGUACAUUAUGUCCCAGACAUCGGAGUCGGCACUACCUGCGUCUGCGAGCCGUGUGACACUUCAAUUGUCCACCGUACCAGUUCUAUGAUGCCCCAGCUCUUUAGCCCCAACUUUCGGUUCUGGGAGAGCAUGAAAACCCGCAACAUAUUCACCGGUAUUGCUGUGCACUUCACUCUUAUCUCAGUCGCCAUUGUCUUGUUGUUCUCACCUGUGCGAUGGCUGCUACCGAGAUACAUUUAUGCUCCUGGAGAAGGAGCACCAGAGGAAAGCAAAGCCGGGUUCUCAAUUGAAUACAGAGGUGUUGCAACUGCCAAACAGGACAAGCCUGGGAAAAAGGAUAUCAGAGUACUCGGUUCAUUCCGUUAUGACGGGUGCCCGUAUACGUUGACGGGGAUUUUCCUGGCUGAGGCCGCCAUGGUUUUGGCGAGGAGCAACCGGGUGGGGCAGGAGAUUAAGGCGGGCUACCUAACGCCUGCUUCUUUGGAAGACGAGUACAUUGAAAAGCUAGAAAAUGCCGGCGCACACUUCAAGACUACGGUAUUGGAACAAUGA